UUCCGCCCAUCAUUCCGUCGUUCUCGAUGGUGCCGCUGACGAUUUGAUUUUCCUCUCUCUCUUCUUCUCUGUGUUGUUGUUUUCGGUGACGCGACGGAGGUGUAGCCUGACGCGGUCUCUUACGUGUCGGCCUGAAUAAAAGUGGAGCUCCGAGGGCCCGGGAGUGACGGAGGGAGUCUGUAUCGCUAAGUCGAUGACCAUGGAGUCGGCAGCAGAGGUUCAGCAGGGAGGAGACACAGAAGUGUCAGAGACAGACAGCCAACAGAUCGCCCACUCACAGCAGGAUUAUGUUUAUGCUUUGCAGGUUUCCAUGGCAGCGGGCCACGCCACGUCCAGUGGUCCUACGGUCACCCUGGUGCAGCUGCCCAACGGUCAGACGGUCCAGGUUCACGGGGUCAUCCAGGCCUCUCAGCCCUCUGUCAUACAGUCACCACAGGUCCAGACUGUUCAGAUCUCCACCAUAGCAGAGAGUGAAGACUCCCAGGAGUCAGUGGACAGUGUGACUGACUCUCAGAAACGCAGAGAGAUCCUCUCACGUCGCCCCUCAUACAGGAAGAUCCUGAAUGACCUGUCGUCAGGUGACACCCCGGGGGUUCCCAGGAUUGAGGAAGAGAAGUCGGAAGAGGACCCAGCACCCGCCAUCACCACGGUUACCAUGCCCACAUCAUGCCCCAUCUACCAGACCAGCAGUGGCCAGUACAUCGCCAUCACCCAAGGCGGUGCGAUCCAGUUGGCCAAUAACGGAACAGAUGCGGUCCAGGGACUGCAGACCCUGACCAUGUCCAACACUGCGGCCGCCCAGCAGGGCACCACCAUCCUGCAGUACGCCCAGACCUCAGACGGCCAGCAGAUCCUGGUGCCCAGCAACCAGGUGGUAGUGCAAGCUGCGUCUGGAGAUAUGCAGGCCUACCAGAUCCGCACGGUCCCCAACAGCACCAUCGCCUCUGGGGUGGUCAUGGCUUCCUCCCCUGCCCUGUCUGGCCAGGGGGGCCCAGAGGUAGAAGUCACCCGCAAGAGAGAGGUCAGACUCAUGAAGAAUAGAGAGGCGGCCCGCGAGUGUCGCAGGAAGAAGAAGGAGUAUGUCAAGUGUCUGGAGAACCGCGUUGCCGUGCUGGAGAACCAGAACAAAACCCUCAUAGAGGAACUGAAAGCUCUUAAAGACCUGUACUGCCAUAAAUCUGAGUAGCCCCAAACUACCCCAUCAUACCCCCCAAACCUUACCCAGUGGGCAUCAGACUGCACAUCAACCUGUACAGAAACUCUGCCAAGCGUUUGCCCACAGACAUGACCCCUGACAUCUGAAGCAAGAGGAUGUGAGAGAGAAGACAGAAUGAAAAUGGAUUGAUGGACGGGAGAUUAGUGACGGACAGUGCUUUGUGGGAAUUGUAGUUUUGUAAGUAAACACGACCACCCCGGCCCAUACGUCCCCCAAUCUCCCAUCCACCAAUCCAUUUUCACCCUGUCUUCUCUCUCACAUCCUCUUGCUUCCACUCCUUCUUCUCCCGCUCACUUGUUAUCCACCUUUCCAUCUUUCUUCUCCUCUCCCAACUUCUCUCAAUAUUAUCCCAUCGUGGAACACGAAGGAUGAGGAUUCCUUUGUCAGUUGUGGAUCCAGAGAUAACGUGAUGAAACAAAACACUAACUCUUACACUAUUCAAGCUUCUUGUUUGGGGUUUGUUUACUGGGAAGUCAAGUCACAGACUUCCGACAUCGUUAGUCUUUUUUAAUUAACCUGAAGCCAAUCAAACAAGAGGGUUAGCGUCUGACUGUCCAAUAAGCUCAAGAGGAGGUCAAAACAAGGAAGUCAAGACAGCCUCUAGAACCCUGGUAUUGGGUAUUGGAGUCAGUUAGGACAUGUAUAUGAGAUUGCUCUACAGUAGAUCAGAUGAGAUCAGAUCAUGUUGUUUUGAGUUACACCUCCAUGAGCAAGAUAACCGAUCAACUCGGAUUCAUCUUCCAUUUCAAGUGUCUUGGGUGUUUUCUUCCUUUUGUUACUUGCUGAUAUCUGAGAUUUUAUUAACUUUUGUUACACUCUAAAGAUGUAGGUUGUUGCUGGGUGGUGGUGGAAUUUGGAUCCCAUAAAACUACUAAAGGAAACACAUUCAUGUCUGAAGAUAGGAACCAAUUGUCAGUACACUCCACAUAGCCUGAAAUUCACCCAAGUAAAUCUUGCUGGAAUAGAUCAUUUUGUAAUCUCCGGCAUAGAUACAGACACAUAUUUACAGUGAGUGUACUACUGUACAUGCAUACAUAUGAUUACAUUAACAAUAUGUUAGUAGGUUUACAUAGGACUUGGGAAUCCAUCUUCUAACGUCACAGACAGAGAUACUUUGUGUUCUGUUUAUGAUUGGAUAAAGUAGUACCAUAUUGCAUUACAUAUUAGUUAUUUUUCUUUUGAUAUUAUUACUGUACGUGGAGCAUACAGCAUGUGUAGAUUUUACUAUGAUAUUUCUAUUGAUUUGGAAAAAACAUUGUUAUGCAUAAUAUGAAACCAAAAUAGAUGUACGUAUUUGUAUCAUGCAUUGCAGUAAAUAAAAUUGAAACAAUAUACAUCUAUAUUCCUUUAGUUUACCAGGCUUAUCACAAUGUCGGCAGCUAAAAGGCCUUUUUGAAACUCCUCUGCUCAUCUUUAGGUUUUGUUAACCUAACGUAGCAGGCGUUUCUGUCUUUCUGGUCCUGACGAGAAAAAUUAACUGUCAGGAGAAGUUCUCUUCUGCACUGUUGAACCAAUCCAGUAAAUGUGGAGGAGGAGUUAAGAUGGAGUGUCGCCUUGUUAACGUCCAAAACGGAAGUCUCAUCACAGGCUCUCUUUCCAUUUCCCUUGAAAAGCGGAUGCAUCCGGUAGUUUCCGACCCGUAGAGAGUGCCUUUUCUAGACAGGCGAGUGGACAGCCUGUUUGAAGCUAUUACGACCCACAAGAUAUAUCAGUUCAAUUAUGGCUCUAGGUUUCAUUUUGCUGUAAAUGGCUAAGAAAUCAAUUUGAUGCUUCCUGCCACACCACUCAUCUGUACAGAGGACUGAGAGACCCAAGUGGUUGGUUGUAAAAGCCUCGAGCGAAUGUUGUAACAGGUUUAAUACAAAUGUAUUUUAUCACAGAAGGCCUGUGACAUUUAUCUUUUUUUUUUACUUUUUAUCUUUUUCCCCAUAGAAAAGGCAGCAACACCAUGAUGUAACGAAAUCUGUUUUCCUUUUUGUUAGGUAUUAUGUCAUGUGUAAUGUCACGGUACUGUAAAUGCAUUUGUUUUCGUUUUGCUGUUGGGGUGGGGAUAAAGAGUAGCCUAAAUAUGACUGAUCAAGUUUUUAAUGUUUGUAUUUUUACUGUGUUUGUAUGUUGAGAUUAAGUCAAUCCAGUGUUGCUCUUUUUUUAUACAUUAAAGGACUGUUUAAAAUGUA